AUGGGAAGGCCCGAUUGCGCUCGAGUGCUUCUAUUUCGUGGGGCGAAUCAUCUUGCUGUGAAUAAGCAAGGACAGACAGCUCUACACGUCGCUCACAUCGUCGGCACCACUGCUGUCGCCGACGUCAUCGCUUCGCAUAAUCCGUCUGCUAGUGGGCCUCUUCAUGUUUUCCCAUUUAGACCAAAUGAGGCCGGUGGACAAUAA